GGAGAGAGAUGAAGUAUUUCUCCCAGUAGCCGUUUCACUCCCCAUCUCCUUGUCUCUCCUCUCUCUCUCUCUUACUCAAGUCUGAAACCGUGGCUUAAGAGGCGAAGUGUGGACGCUUGGUGCGGUGCAGUCGUGCAGCGGUGGUGCUGCCAGCGACCAGCCAGUCCAUGCGAGUCGCAUGUUCGAACCUUCUCCCCUUUGUUUUUUUGGAACUCCUCUCGCACUCCGAGUCUCCGACGCCGGUAAGCGUUGCUCGCACUCCGCCAUUCCUACAGUUCGAUUUCUCACUCAACUUCACAGUCGCAAACUCGCAACUCCGAUUCUCACACGAAGCAUUGCUCAUUUCUCCUCUUCUGUCUUCUACUAGAAAUUGCUUAGGUGAACAUAUUAUUGUAUUGUUUGGAGUGAUCCGUAGUAUGGUUAGGGCACACUUCUAUUGCCUGAAAUUGGCUUCGAAAUGGGGCGUCGUUACGAGAAUGUACACAUCAGAUGCUGCAGCUAAUGAAUUAUCCGAUGUUGCAUUCAAAAGAAUAUGUAGAAUUAUGAUGUCAUGUCCUAAAGUAGGAUUGGACGUCAGGCUUGAUCAUAGUGGGGUUUUGGCUUCACCUGAGAUAGUUGAGGAUGUUCUGAAGAGAUUUGAAAAUGCAGGUAUGGUAUCGUAUUGUUUCUUCGAAUGGGCAGGCAAGCAACAAUAUUAUACUCAUAGUGUUGAAGCUUAUCACACAAUGGUUGGGUCUUUGGCCAAAAUCAGGCAGUUUGAGAUUAUGUGGGAUCUUGUGAGCACUAUGAGGAAUAAGGGGAUGCUAAAUGUUGAGACAUUCUGUAUCAUCAUGAGAAAGUAUGCUAGGAUGCACAAGGUGGAUGAGGCGCUCUAUACAUUCAAUAUUAUGGGAAAAUAUGGUAUUACUCCAAAUCUAGCUGCAUUUAAUGGGCUAUUAAGUGCUUUAUGCAAGUCCAAAAAUGUGAGAAAGGCCCAAGAGAUCUUUGACAAAAUGAAAGAAGAUUUUGUUCCUGACUCUAAAACUUAUAGUAUAUUGCUUGAGGGUUGGGGAAGGGAACCGAAUCUCCCAAAGGCUAGGGAGAUUUUCAGACAAAUGGUUAAUGUUGGUUGCGAUCCUGAUAUUGUGACCUAUGGUAUUAUGGUUGAUGUUCUUUGUAAAGCAGGGAGAGUUGAUGAAGCUGUUGGGAUUCUUAGUAACAUGAAUGCUAAUGGUUGUAGGCCAACAGCUUAUAUUUACAGUAUAUUAGUUCAUAAUUAUGGUAUAGAAAAUCGAAUUGAAGAUGCCAUAAAUACAUUUAUGGACAUGACUAAAAAUGGUGUAGAGGUUGAUGUGGUAGUAUAUAAUGCUCUAAUCAGUGCAUUCUGUAAAGUAAACAAAUUUAAAAAUGUAUUUCGGGUUCUAAAAGAGAUGGAUGGUAAAGGGGUUAUACCUAAUGCAAGGACUUGCAAUAUAAUUUUGAAUGGUUUGAUUGGUCAGGAGCAAACUGAUAUGGCUUUUAAGGUCUUUAGAAAGAUGAUUACAGUUUGUGAGCCUGAUGCGGACACAUAUACAAUGAUGAUAAAGAUGUUCUUUGAGAGAGAUCAGUUAGAGAUGGCUCUGAAGGUGUGGAAGUACAUGAUGUCCAAAAGGUUUGUUCCAAGCAUGCAUACCUAUUCGGUUCUUAUCAAUGGGUUGUGUAAGAAGGGCCAGGUCAGUGAAGCAUGUGAAUUUAUGGAAGAAAUGAUUGAAAAAGGUAUUCAACCUUCAGUGAUGACCUUUCGUAAGCUGAGACAGUUGCUUAUAAAAGAACAGAGACAGGAUGUCCUUGAAUUUCUUCAGGAAAAGAUGAAUCUUCUAGUUAAGGAGCCUUUGUGUGAUUGAAAGACUUUUCAUGCAUAUUCUCAAAGAGUUAUGUACACCAAGUGAAAAGCAACGAAUGAAUCCUUCUUCUGAUGUUAUUUGGAAUUUCAGGAAUGCCAGGUUCUCUCUCCCAAGCUCCUCUUGUUGGUGCAAACAAUGCUCAUGAUCCUGAAUCGAUCUUUACCUGGGCUCACAAAUCCCAAGUUUGUCUAUGAAGAGCGGAUCGAAUUGUAUUUCUGUUUAUGAUGGAUUUCUUUUGUGUAAUACUAAUCGAUAGGGCCUCAUUGAUAAGUGCUACAAAAUCUCGUACAUUGGAACCUAUCAAGCAGCUCAAGAAUUAUCAAUAAUUGCACCAGCACCCUCAGCAGCGCAUGAAACUUCCUUUGAUGAGGUAUAGCUUCGGUGGUAAAAUACUCUAGUGGUAUAAGAGGGCGAACUGUCUGUGACACUAUCAGAUCUACAUGCAGAAUUGUUCGCUCGUUUUUAUGGUUUAAUCUGUUCACUUGUAACUUUUUACAGGUAAAACCUCUCACAGACUCCUGCAUUAGUGAACUGUUGGCAAAUUCCAAAAUCUAUUAAGUGUCUUGCGUUGUUUAGACUACUCUUGUAUACACGCUAUGCGUGCGAAGUCAACACAUUUUGUCAGUUUGGAGUAACUGGAUGUAUGAGAGGUGCUCUUUUAAUUGCAAAUGCUGUCCUGGUUCAUGUAUUAACGAACAAAGGUUGCGUAUUUUCCAACAACGAAAGCACGAACUAUGCCACUCUUUCAUAUACUAGGGGAUUUUCACUUGGAAAGAAAA